CAGACGCGGCCCGCAUCCCUGCCCGCCGGCGUCAAGCUGCCCGGCGCGCUCAAGGCCAGCGACCCCGGCAUCCAGAUCAACAUCCACGCCCGCGUGGCCAACUACGUCAACCCGGGCCCGGCCGUCGUGGCCGGCGGCACCACCAAGACGGCCGGGUCGGCGUGCGCUGCCGGCUGCGCGAAGACGUGCGCGGUCGGGUCCGGUCCCGUCGGCACCGCCAUCGGCGGCGCCCUGCCCCAGCCCACCGGCGGCGGCCAGGCCGGCUGCGCUCAGGCCCGGUACCAGCAGUGCGGCGGCCAGGGGUACACGGGCUGCACCGCGUGCGCCGACGGCCUGACGUGCCAGGACGUGUCGGCGCCGUACUACUCGCAGUGCAACUAGGCGAAGGCGGGGGACGCGAAGGGGGGUUAGGAAGAAGAAGAGGCCGGGGGUAGGGCGACCUAGGUACCUCCUCUCUGCACGCCCACGCUCACGUCUAGGGCGCAAGUAGCCACGUCGACGUGGAAUUCUCCAACGGGAGGCGGGCUUUGGCGUAUCUAUAUCUAGGUUAUCACAUGCCCUGGUGCCUCGAUAUGAAGCCCCUUUUGCUCUUUGGUUUCCUCAUCUUCCUCCCCAGAGCCGCGCAGUCUCAGCUAUGCUUCUCCCUGCCUCCCCCCAGGCCACAGCCUCAUCGCACGUGUAGACAUUUUGCCCACACGCACACACGCACGCAUAUACCUAGGUACCUACGUCGCACCCCAAAUCUGACUCGCUAUGCACUUAUCGGGGCUAGGUAUAUCACAUCCCCCUAACUCCUUAUGUCGUCAUUGCUUUACCUACCUAAGCGUCUCCGACGGCCUUCCGAGGUCCCUGUCCUUCCG